GACGGUGACUGUUUAUGUUUCUUGCAUUCGAGUUUUCGCGUUAAACUAUUGAAAAAAAUCUGUUAUUUGCUAGCAUUGUGAUCCAAUUGAUUGAUUCGUUGUAAUGGCUCGUCGGUAUGAUUCCAGAACUACGAUUUUCUCGCCGGAAGGCCGAUUAUACCAGGUGGAAUAUGCUAUGGAAGCAAUUUCACAUGCCGGUACUUCAUUGGGGAUAUUAGCUAAGGAUGGCAUUUUACUAGCAGCAGAAAGAAGGAAUACCAACAAACUGCUGGAUAGUGUAAUUUUCUCGGAGAAAAUUUACAAACUGAAUGAGGAUAUGGUCUGUUCCGUUGCCGGAAUAACCUCCGAUGCCAAUGUGCUGACGAAUUUACUUCGAGUGAUUGCUCAGCGUUAUCAGCUGAACUACGGAGAGGCUAUGCCCUGUGAGCAGCUGGUUUCGCACCUUUGCGAUGUUAAACAAGCGUACACUCAAUACGGAGGAAAGCGGCCAUUCGGUGUUUCCAUUCUGUAUAUGGGAUGGGAUAAACAUUACGGUUAUCAACUGUACCAGUCUGAUCCCAGCGGAAACUAUGGUGGGUGGAAAGCCACUUGUAUUGGAAACAAUUCUGCGGCAGCCGUAUCUGCGCUGAAGCAAGAACUGGGAGAUAACGAAAUAACACUGGUUCAGGCACAAGAUCUUGCAGUAAAAGUUCUAUCAAAAACUUUGGACAUGACUAAGCUGACAUCGGAAAAAAUCGAAAUGGCAGUCCUGACUAGGGAGAACAACAACACCGUUAUCAAGAUUCUCUCAAGCACUGAGGUCGAUGCUCUCAUUGCUAAGUAUGAAAAGGCGGAAGCUGAAGCGGAAGCGGCCAAGAAAGAGAAGCUGGCACAGAAAGCGGAUAAGUAAUCUACACGCUGAAGUAAGUUACAUUUAAGGUUUUUGUCGGUUUAACUUUCUUUUGGAACACGUGAAUUAGAGAUGCAAUCUUGUAAUGCUUGGAUUGAAA